AUGGAUGGAAGCGCUUCCUUGCUAUUCUUAAAUGGCGGGAAGUGCUCCCUUGCUAAUUUGAAAGAGUUCCUUAAAGAUUACCAAACGACCUCAGGUCAGGCCAUCAACCUUCAUAAAAGCUCAUUCUUCACUUCCUCAAAACUCCCGGUUUCUAGAGUUAGGGCGAUUGAGCAAUACUUGGGCAUAUCUAAGGCCACUUCCCACCUGCUAUAUCUAGGCGUUCCAAUGGUGGUAGGUAGAAAUAAAACCAGCUAUUUCCAACUGCUUCUUGACAAGAUAGAAAGUGGUAUUAGUGGGUGGCGGGCUCGAGUGCUUUCGCAGGCAGACUUUUUAUGGGGUUGGGCAGAUGGAAAAAAGAGAUUGCAUUGGCGGAAUUGGAAACUUGUGGCUUCUACUAAGCAAGAAGGCCGACUUGGGGUUCGCAAGUUGUCGGAAUCAAUGGAGGCUUUUUGUAUAAAGAUGGCAUGGUCCAUUCGGUUUAAUGAUAGGCAUAACCUAUGGGAUGUUUUCAUGGCUUCAAAAUAUAGGCAGGACUUGGCGGUUACUCCAUCACCAUGGCUUUCUCCUGCUCCAUCCCCGAUGUGGAAGAAAAUUUGUCAGGACUUCCUGGGUGCAUUAGGCCCCCUUGUUCCCUCUGCAGUUCUUCUACUACUGCCACAGGAUGUCAUUAAUCAUAUUUUCCACCAAGGCUUUUGCAUUGCUGAGGGGCCAGAGAUUCCUGUCUGGCCUUUUACCCCAUCAGGGAACUUCAUGGUAUCCUUGGCAUGGACUGCUAGUAGAAUUUCUAGGGAGAGAAAAGGCUGGGCGAACUGGGUGUGGCACACUAAGAUGCCCCCGAGGAUAUCAAUUUUCCUUUGGAAGGUUCUCAAUGGAGCUAUCCCGGUGGAUGCGGCUGUCCAGAAUAGGGGCGUCCAUCUCAUGUCCAGAUGUGAAUGCUGCAGUUCUGACUCCUCUAGUGGUUCAGCAAUUGAGACCAUACAUCGCCUGUUUCUCGAAGGUGAUAUGGCUAAAGUAGCCUGGCUAUGA